GACAUUCAUGCUGUCAUCAUUCAGCUGCCACAGCGGAAGUGCUGGCAGCCAGGAACCGCAGGAAACACGGCACUGUCGCGGACAUGAGCUGGAGGAGAGCCGCCUGCUAACCCGACACAGCUAGCCCACCCUGACCCACACAGAUUCAGGGGAAACAUGGGAGGGUCUCAGAGCGUCGAGAUACCCGGCGGAGGAACCGAAGGCUACCACGUCCUCAGAGUACAAGAGAAUUCCCCUGGCCACCGUGCAGGACUGGAGCCAUUCUUUGAUUUCAUCCUUUCCAUUUGUGAAAAUAGACUGAACAAAGACAACGACACCCUAAAAGAGCUGCUGAAGAUGAACGUGGAGAAGCCCAUCAAGAUGCUGUUAUACAGCAGCAAGACGAUGGCAGUACGGGAGACAACUGUCACACCCAGCAACAUGUGGGGCGGCCAGGGGCUUCUGGGUGUCAGUAUUCGCUUCUGCAGCUUUGAAGGAGCCAGUGAAAAUGUUUGGCAUGUCUUGGAAGUGGAGCCAAACUCACCUGCAGCCCUGGCUGGUUUGAGGCCCCACGCUGACUACAUCAUUGGAGCCGACACCGUCAUGAAUGAGAGCGAGGAUCUGUUCUCCCUCAUUGAAACCCAUGAAGGGAAGGGGCUGAAGCUGUAUGUCUACAACACAGACACAGACAACUGCCGCGAGGUGGUCAUCACUCCAAACUGUGACUGGGGUGGAGAGGGCAGUCUAGGAUGUGGGAUUGGCUAUGGCUACCUGCACAGGAUACCUACGUUGCCAUUUGCAGAGGGAAAGAAGAUCACCUUCCCAACACAGACUCCUAAUGAACUCCCUCCUCCACCUAAAGAUGGAUUCACAGAGGUCCAUCUCUCCGCUGUCAUUCCAACCGCUCCAGUUGCUGUGUCGUCUUCUGCAUCGACUGGAUUAGAGAAAUCUCCUGCCGGUUUUUCGGUCACCCCUAAUCUGACCCCUGUCUUUAGCAAUCUACAGAACGGAGCCCCUACAGUUCCGCUGCCCAGCGAAGUCCCCUCCUCACAAAGCAUUCCCCUGUCUGUCAAUCCUGCUCCAACAAUACCAGGUUUAAAGCUCUUACCUGGAGGUCUUCCACGGUUUCCAAAUUUACCAAAUCUCAAUUUCACCUUGCCAGACAUGAGCCAAGUAUUGCCACCUGGAGUUGGAUUACAACAUUUAGGGCCUACACAUCUUCCUCCUCUCAACCUCCCCAGUGUUGUCCCUGGUGUUACUCUCCCUCCAUCUGACUUUGUAUUUCCCCCCAUCACUGCAAACGCAGCUCCUGCCUUUAAACAAGAUACCACAUCUCCCUCUUCCGCUAUUCAGAUGAACAGGUUACUGACCAAAACCCCAAUACCAUCAUCAGUGACCACGUCUGAAUCAGUAAAUAUCACAAUGUCUGUAGAGUCAUCUUAGCAGAGAGCCCAAUUUAAGGUUGUCAGCUUGCUCUCAAGUCUUUACACAGUAUAUACAGUCUAAUAGCUGGACCACUCAGUUGACAUAUUGCUCCUACUGUUGUUGACUGUUGUAUGAGAGCUCCAGUACCUCCAGGAUACUGGAAUUACACUGCUGGUCUUCUCACAUGAAGCAAAAAUCAUAAGAAGUUUUCCUAAGAAACAGAUGUCAAAAGAAAAACAUCCAGGCAGUAGCACCUCUGCACCUUGAGAGCAGUUUUCUUGAUGAACAGUGAAAGAAAAAUUGAGAAUAAUUCAAACCUUUCAGCAGAGUAAAAAUAUACACUCUGCAGCACUCUGCAACUUUUUAAAAUAAAUCACAACACAAUCAUAGUAGGAAGUGUGUUAAUGAAAACUAAAUGGACUUUUUGAACUUGGCAACAAGUGUAAAAUAUAUGGGGAACAGGUUAACUUCAAAUGUGCAAAUCAGUAUCUUUGCAUCUCUCUUUAGGGGUUAAACUACUUAAGACGGGGCUUUAACCUGUAACUUAUACUACUGGGGAUUUUCCUUUAGAUAAGCAAGUUUGCUUGCUGCUGUAGCCAUUAAAUAUUAAAUAGUUUUGGUUUUUGUACAAGAAAUAAUUUUUAAACUGAGACAUUGUUACCUUGAUUAAAC